CCGAAACAGACUAGCAGCUAUGACAACGGGAGUGGAAACAUGGGUGGACUGACUGCACAAAACAGGAUUUACCGAAGUUGCAAAAUGCCACAUAAAGUUCUGAAAUGCAUCAUCGAAUUAGAAAUUCAAGCUGUAACCUGUCCAGGAGUGGUACUCACAGAUCAAGAGGAUAUAUACCUCAGUGUCUGUAUCAUGGGGAAAUACCAAAAGACAAAGUGUCUCCCUCCCAUCUUUCCUUUACUAUUCCAUGAAAAGUUAAACUUUGAGAAGGUCUUUGCAGAUGCAGUAGACCCAGGGGACAUUGCUGAGCUCCUGGAAUUGGAUACAACCUCAUUUGAACUCAUUCAACUUGUUCCACCAGUAGGGGAAACCUUAGCAACGCUUGUGGAAAAUACACGGGAAUUCCUGUAUCCUGGCCCAAGGCUGACCCCCAGAUACCCAGGUUCUGAGAGGGAGAUGCUAAUGAAAAGAUCUAUAUCUUUUCCUGGAAUCGCUCCCAAGGUGGAAUUCUCAACAGUAUCUGUCAUUAAGGAAUGUGAUUUGAAAGAGACCAUGCAAACACCCUCUCCCUGUCGUUCCACGCCAUUGAAACCCCGCUCUGGCAGGGGAAUAAAGAAGAGCCCUUGCUCGGCGGACCAGCAGAGCCCUUCAGUCUGUCGGUACAAGCAGCCGACAGUGGCUUCCCAGUCACGGUCCCCCUCUCCGUACACGAACAGACGUAUGUGCGAGCUGUCAGAGGAGGCCAGCCAGCGACUCAGUCACCUAAACCUCGGGCCCUACAGGUUCAAGAAAGAAACGGACAGCCAGCCUCCCUUCGUGGUGCGAAACGUUAGUAGUAAGCAGACAUCCUCGAUGAACGACUCUCUGUCUUACCGCACCCCAUCCACAAAGAAAUCCCUGCGAACACCAGGACUGAAUGUUUGUGAAGAUCCCUCUCUCCUUGGCAGCUACAGACCAAAGACUACUAGAGUUAUCGCAGAGCCCCAGGAGGGAUACAGGCUCAGGCCCUCCAGGGGCAUGUCUGAAGACACCAGCCUUGAGACUGCAGGUAUAUGCCGUAGACCCAGGAGGCAACUGAAAGCACAUUCCACUCCCUUGUCCACUGUGAAGAGUCCCCCGAGCCCUCUGCUGAAUCGAUCUUCCCUGAGAGAGAGGUUCCAGACCAGUCCUUCCACUCCAACACACUGGGAAGAGAUCCAUGAGAGGGUUCAGAAGAUCCUCAAAACCCACCGCAGCCGGCAUGGAAUGACACCUGUUUGGGGGAGCCUUACAGAUUCUGUGCAUCAGAAGACCUCCACAUCCUGUAACGACUCUCUAUGUGACAGCCAGGUCCAAGAGGACAGUUCUAGAGGUCUUGGUGAGGCCACAGUCCAUUUAGACAAUGGGACAUUCUGGUCAAAUCAGGCUGCCCAGUACACAGGGAAGCCACACAGGGCUGUGUUUGAGGACAGUCUGGGGAAGAUCUACAGAAACCUCUUCAAGAAGGCUUCUAGCACCACCUAGAGCGGGAUCUGUGAUCAGCCCUGUGAGUUUACCCACCUACACAGGGAAAGGAACUGUCAAAAAGUAUUAUUUUCUUUAUUCUAAAAGAUCCAUGUGUAAAAGAGAGGCCACAGAACACUCGAAGGAUUUGGGGUUUGUGUUUGCUUUAAAAAUCAUUAUUUUGUGAUCCAUGUAUUUCAGUCUCUGAGGAACAAGAAGCACACAAUGUAUAGCAGCAAACACCCUGGUGGUGAAAAAACAAAAAUCAACAUGUUAAGUUGUUUCUGGUCCACAUAAUUUGGAUAAACAUCUUACAGCAAGGCCAUCAUAUAGCAGUUACAGGAUGGUUGCUGUUAAAACUUGUAUUUAUUAUCUUAAUUAUGGAUAAUUUAUCCAGGUAAUCUUGUACUGUAUAUGCUAUGUUUCUAGAAUGUUGCUUCACAGUGAUUUGGAUUUUUACCCAAGUAACUUAAUACAAUGAAAUAACAAUUGAAUGUUUUCUUUACUCAAUAUCAGCUUGACCAGUCUAAAACCCCCUAUUUUAAAAAUUAUAAUAAGAGUUACACAAGCCCUGCAAGCUUAAGUUUCCUCUAAAAUGUUUCAUUACACUGUUUUGUGUAAGAGCUGGUCCUGAUGAAUCGUGGUUGUUUUUGCUGAAAGGUAAAGGGUUAAAUUUAACAUCUUGAUCUUUCAAGAAAGAACUGGAUAAGAUCACUUAGCUUCGAAUGUCCAAGCUAAUUACCAAUCAACAUCCUUUUCAAGCCUUUCUAUAUGAUGUAUGGAGAUAACUUUAAAUUAUUUAAAGGUUGCCGUGUGUCUGCAAAAUAGUUUUCUCUAUUUGUCUAUUUCCAAUUUUGUUGUGGAAUGCAGGACGUGUGACAAAUAUUAGCAUUAGUUUGGUCUUUAAAAGGCCCAGAGAGUAUUCCUAGCCUCCAAUACUGUACAGCUGAUUUGGUUACAGCCUGUUUGCCAGCCUUUAUAACUGCAUUGUUUGUCUGGCACAUGUCUAGUGUUCGGAUUUUAGCCAACUGUGUCCAGGAUCCUGAACAGGGGGAGCUUUUUUGAGAAUCACUACCACUGGGUGGGCUUGACACUGCCAGGAUUUGUUCUGUGUGGCAUGCACCCCCAUCAGCCUGCUGUCAUGCCCUCAUCCAACCAGAUUCCCACAUGGAAGCGCCCUCAUACUAAUUACACUUCAGCCGGAGCGCUUCUUCCAAACGAUACUGUUCCUGUCAAUCAACCAACCACGACACUCCCCCUGUCAGCGCACCUCCCUCCUCUCACAAUAUUUAAACCCUCUAAAACCCUCUGUUCUUUGCCCCCUAUUGGUCGUCCCUUCAGAGAUCCUACCUUGCCGUCCUUUCCAAAUCUUCUAAGCCCUUUUGGAUACGAAGUAUGGAACUUGCCCUUGAUCAUGUGUCUCGCCUAGCCCUCUCC